AUGUUUGAAAGUGUGAAAAAACCAAGAAUGUAUCUGAAGAUCAAAGAUGACCAGUGUGAUGGAACAGGCACGGGUGAUGAAUACUGUCAUUUUAAAAUUGAGAAGAAUUUGGAAACAGGAUCUGUGAGCCUGGAAUCAGUGCGAAAUAAAGGGAUAUAUGUUGGUCUUCUGCCAGAUGGCCAAACUAAGCCAGUUGUUAACACUGGAGAGAGAAAUAUCUUUUUCUACCCACAGGUCAUCAAAUUUGGCCGGGAAAAACCUAUGGGAACAUCUGCAGCACCCAAACAAGAGAAGAAAGACUUCAGAGCAUCUCAAAUCCAACCAGCAAAAGCCCAGGAGCCAGCACCUCAAAGGCCUUCAACUCCCCCACCCUCAAAGGAAAUGAGAAAUCCCCAUGGUGGUGAGAGUCCCCUUCCUUCGGAUGAUGAAUGGAAAGUGUCAAUACUGACAGGAAAUGCAGGAACUGAAGCAAGUGUUGCUCUUUGGAUAUAUGGAGACAGAGGAUUAACUGGACCCAUAACUCUUGGCAAGGACAACAGGAGGCAGCUGUUUUUUCCCAGGCAGGAAGAUGAAUUUCAGGUUAAAAUAAACAGCAUUGGGAAUAUCUACAAAAUAAGAAUUGAACUUGAUGGAUUACCAAAUGAACAACCCGAGUGGAACUUACAGAGGGUAAUACUGCAACAUCUAAGGAGCAAGAAAACACUGAAUUUUCCAGCAAACAUAUGGCUAUCAAAGAAUCGUGAUGAUAGAGAACUUCUUUGUGAACUUCCAGUAGUGGAAGCUGGAAAACCUGUCUAUCCAAUUGUUUUAUAUCGUGUUUAUGUCCACACUGGUGACUUGGAGCAAGCUGAUACAGACUGUGAAGUUUAUUUGUGUAUCUAUGGAAAAAGAGGAGAUUCUGGUCUAAGACUUCUGCAUAAAACUGGUGCACCAGUGCCAUUUCAGAGAGGAAUGGUCAGCGAUUUUGCAGUGGAAGCUGUAUCCCUCGGGAAGCUGCAGAAGGUGCUGUUGCGCUGUGAGGCCAGUACCCAGUCCCAGCACUGGUACUGUGAUAAAGUCAUUGUCAGAGAAGCUGGGAGCAAUUCAGAAUAUGUUUUCAAUUGUGAAAGGUGGCUUCCAUUUAUGUCUCAAGGUAUAAUCCAUUCAGAAAUUGAGCUGUACCCUCAAGAAGGAGACUGGAAGAUAACUGUAGUCACUGGGGAUUUUGAAACAGCUGGCACAACAGCAACGGUAUUCCUUUAUGCUUAUGGAGAAAACAAAGCUUCUGGUCCUAUUAUUUUGGGAUCUGGGAAACAGCAGCUGUUUAAUCCAAACAGUGAAGAUACAUUUAAGAUUAAUCUCAGAGAUCUUGGACAGCUAUAUAAAAUCCGCAUUGGCCACGACAACUCUGGAAAUGAUCCCAGCUGGUACCUGGAGGAAGUCAGACUUGAAAGAGUGGUCCCUGUGUCUGCUGAAGAGAUUUGUCUCCCCAUAGAGAGCUGGCUUUCUGAAGACAAGGAUGAAGGUGACACGUGGAGAGAAGUGGCAAUAAGAAACCCUGCAGAGGAGCUUUUGCCAUUGUUGGUGUAUGAGAUCCACGUAUAUACAGGGGCUAAACUUGGUGCUGAAACAGAUUCCAAUGUUUAUAUCAACCUCAUUGGGACAAGAGGAGAUGCUGGUAAAAGGAAACUCCAUAGAUCUAAGAAUAAUAAUGUUAAGUUUCGACAUGGACAGAUGGAUAUUUUCUGCAUAAAGGCUGUCUCACUGGGAGUCUUGGAGAAAGUUCUGAUUAGCCAUGAUGGAGCUGGUCCAGGCAGUGGAUGGUUCCUGGAUAAGAUUGUCAUCAAACAUAAAGAAGGAGAAGAAGCUCACGAGGUUGUAUUUCCUUGUAAUAGAUGGUUAGAUGAAUAUCAAGAUGAUGGGAAAACAGAGAGGGAGCUAACUGCCAAUAAGCAUGGCAGUUCAAUGAAGACAUUUCUUAAAGCACAACGGUGGAGAGUGCAGGUUAAAACAGAUGGAGAUUCCCCAGAGCCACAGGAGUGUAAAAGGACCCUUGUGAUUUAUGGCUCAAAGGGCAAAAGUGAUGAGCUUCUGCUUUCUCCACAAACCCCAGGAUAUGUGUGCUUUCUCCCCAGAGCCACGGAUGAAUUCAUUGUUGAGACUGGAGAUCUGGGAGAUGUAUACAAGAUCCGAGUCAGCUGUGAUGGUGUGCCAGGCUUUAAGGGCUGGCAUCUGAGGUCUUUUCAGCUACAAGAGCUGCCUAUGAAACAAGAACUGAACUUUGAGUGCAACUGCUGGCUCACCCGUAAGAGGGGGGAUAAGGAGCUGGUAAAAGAAUUCCCUGCAGUCACUGAGGACCAGAAAACUUUACCAGUUUAUAAGUAUGUUGUUUCUGUACAUAUUGGUGACCGCUGGGGAGCAGGGACUUUUGCAAAUGUUUAUAUCACUCUCUAUGGCAAAAGAGGAGACACAGGUGUGAGGAAACUUGAUACAUCUCUAAUGAAAGGAAGAAAAUUUCAAAGAAAUAAGGUGGAUUCAUUUUUGGUGGAAGCUGUUUCUCUGAGUCAUUUGCAAAAAGUGGUUAUAGGUCAUGAUGGAGAAGGCUAUGGAGCAGGCAUGUACCUCAAGAUGGUAACAGUCAAGGAAUCACAAGAUUCAGACAAAGAAUGGGUCUUUCCAUUGUGGAACUGGCUUGAUACUCAUCUGGGUUUGUGUGAGACUGUUUGUGAGAUUGUAACAGUUGGUAGAAGGUCGACUCUUAGUCCUAAACUGCCUGAAAUCAACAAGAAGUCAUCAGGUUUCUGGAUAAUGGAUAUCACUGGAUCUGACCUGAGUGCUGAAGAGGAUCCAAUAUGCCUUUCUUUUAUCUUCUACGGCAACCUGAGUCACAAGAAGUUGCCACUUCAAGUCACAGGAAAAACAAUUCAGAUCAAAGAUGAACUGGCAGGUAUUGGCUCAAUAUACAAAGUUCAGGUAACUGGCCCACACAGUGAGCUAAAGCAGCCAUGGCACUUAGAUUUACUGCAUAUGAAGCACACAGACACAAAGGAAGAGAUGUGUUUAGCUUUUGACUGCUGGUUCAACCCUAAGGAAGACAAAUGUGUGGAGCUGCCAGCUCUCUAUGCAGAUCAGGAACCUUUGCCUGUUGUGGAGUAUGAAAUCCAUUUGCACACGGGAGACUUGAAGAAGGCAGAUGCCACUGGAGAGGUUUAUCUUCUUAUACAAGGAGAAAAAAGUGACUCGGGGAAGCGAUGGCUUAACUCGAAAAACAGCCUGAUCACUUUUGCUAGGGGGCAGGUGGAUAUUUUCAAAAUCAAAUCUGUAUACCUUGGCAAGUUGAAUCAAGUUUGUGUUGGAUUUAAAAGUCUUAGAAAAGAUGGGUGGUUUUUGGAAAAAAUUCUUAUAAAAGAAGUCUUCUACCCUUUUUCUACACAUGUUUUUUUUCAUGAUGGAUGGAUCAAUAAACGCUCCAAGGAAGAUUAUGUAGAAGUUGUAAUUCCGCUCAAAGAGACAUCUGUGACAUCUCUUCCCACGGAAAAUUUAGAUGCAAAAAGUAGAGGACGAUGGCAAACAUGGGUGCACUGCACACAAGUACCAGAAGAUGUUCCUAACAUUCAAGUUGUUGCAUUUGGAAGAAAAGGGAAAUCACUUGCACAGAAAGUUCAAAAUCUGAAUGAUACUCCCUUUUUGUUGACCAUUGGUGACAUUGGCGAUAUAACAAAAGUCUCCUUUGUGUUAUGUAGUCCAUCCUUGAGAAGAGGAAUUAAACUCCACAAGCUUCAGCUGAAAGACCUGGACACUAAACAAGAGUUGAGCUUUCACACUGAAGCCUCUUGUCUUUUUGGAGAGGACGGAUCUGAGAUGGUGACAGAGCUUGCUGCGGUCAGGCCAGACCAGCCACCACUCAGGGAAGUCCUUUACUGCAUCAAUGUUCGUACAGGAACACUUCCUGCAUCAGGAACUGAUGCAGAUGUAUUUAUCACAGUAUUUGGAGAGUGGGGAGAUUCCUGCAAAAGGAGACUUGGGCACUCACAUUUUGAAAGAGGGCAGGUUUGUGUCUCUGAAAUGAGAGCAGUAGACCUGGGACAGUUAAGGAAAGUGCUUGUUGAGCACCAUAAUGUGGGUUAUGGAGCCGGAUGGUACCUCGACCAAGUUGUCAUCCAUGAAUCAGGCAAGACUGAAGAACAAUAUGUAUUUCUUUGCCAGCAAUGGUUAGACAGUGGAGUUGGUGAUGCACAGAUGGAACGAACAUUGAAACUUCUUGGAAAAGUCAGGAAUGGAGUGUUGACAGGAAAGAUUUAUGGGACUUGGGAUAUCCACGUCAUGACUAGUGAUCUUUCUUCUAGUUCCACAAACCCUAAAAUGUCUCUAACUGUAUGUGGUGAAAAAGGAACUUGUACUUCAGUCACAUUCCCCAAAGGAUCCCUUAAAAAAGAGCAGAUUUAUGAGACUUCUAUUGAACUAAGUAAGAAAUUUAAUACUAUAUUCAAAGUUCGCCUAGAAAUUGAAGAAGCUGCAGAAGGAGAGACUUGGCAUUGCCGUGAGGUAAAGCUUCAACACAGAGAAACAAAAAAUGUUCUAGAAUUCCCAUUUUGUCAUAACUUUGCUGAUGAAGAAGGAGGAAGAGUAACCGAGCUUCCAGUUCUCACAGCUGGGUCUCCUUUUCCAGCAGUGAAAAUCUAUGUUCUCUACAUCACCACGGGGGCUAUCCCUGGGUCAGAAACAGAUGCAGAUGUGUACAUCAUGCUGCAAGGCUCAUUGGGAGAUACUGGCAGAAGAAAGUUAAUUAGAAAAGGAGACGAAAAUUUCACUAAUGGAAAGGUGGAUAUUUUUCAAGUGGAGGCAGUAGAUAUUGGUAUUCUGCAAAGGAUGGUUGUUGAAAAAGGGAGAGGUUCUGACUGGCUUCUGGAGAAGAUUAUUGUGAAAGAGUCAGCAUCUUCAGGGACAGAAACACUGUUUAUGGCUCAAACAUGGCUUAAAGACAGACGUGAUGGAAAAAGACCUGCCUCAGUAACUCUGGAUGCCACAGAAGUUCAGGAGAGGAGGAGUACAUCUGCCUGGUCUUUAGGAAGAGACCAAAUGAAUUCAGAAGGCAGAUGGAGAAUUUAUUUCACAAAGCAUCAAGAAGAAACAAAAUCAGAAUUUGAAAAGUUGUCAGAAAAUAUAUCCAAGAUGGUUAUAGUUUUUUAUGGAAGCAACGGCAAGUCAAAUCCAGUUUCCAUGGAAAACAAAGUGGAACAUCAGACUGAGAACCAAAUAACAUAUGAUAUACAUUUGCCAUCUGAUUUGGGAAUGCUUUAUAAAGUGAGGCUUGGUCUCCAGAGUUUGGAAAACAACACAUCCCAGUUGUCUCUUCAUCACUUUAAAAUACAGAACACAUCAACCCUGGAUACCUUUAGUCUCACCAUAAAUAAAACACUUCCUCUUUCUCCUAAUGGAGACAGAUGGAUUGAAUUCCCUAUACAGUGGCCAUUAAAAGAAGCACUUUCUGUGGUUACAUAUCACCUAACAGUAUUUUCAAGAAAUAUUUUAAAUGAGAGAAAUUUAGUGCACAUGACUGCAUGUAUCUAUGGUACUCAUGGUGACACAGGAGACAGAUCCCUUCUCCAGUCAUUGCAGAAUGUACAGCAGGGAGAGAAAAACGAGUCAUUUCUAGUUAUGGUGGAUGCUGUUGACUUGGGAGAACUGGAAAAAAUUCUUCUUUCCAUCAGCAGUAAAACAGACUGCAAACUGGACAUUAAAAAAUUGCAUGUGCAAGAAGCUGCGAAGGAACAUCCUAUCUAUGUAUUUGAAGUGAAUGAACAAUUUUCUGUGAAUGCAAAUAAGCCCAAAAUACAGAGAGAAAUCCCAAGAUCUUUUGUUAUUAGAGGAGAGAAACAAAAGAAUGACAUAGAUAACAGCUUGGAUAAAGAAGGAAGUAAAGUAAAACAUGUGACAGAGUAUACUAUUAAAGUGUACACAGGUGACAAAAGGGGAGCAGGGACUGAUGCCAAUGUGCAUAUUAUUUUAUUUGGGAAUGAGGACAAAUCUGAGAUAUUUCAACUCUCUCAGUCACUGGAGCAUCAAAACCCCUUUGAAAGAGGAAAGGUUGAUACUUUCAAGAUUAAGACAAAAAACUUAGGCAGCCUACGUUCAAUUGAAAUUGGCCAUGAUGGGAAAGGAUUUGCAAGUGGCUGGUUUCUAGAAAAAGUGGAAAUCACAGAUGCAGCUAGGAAUUCAAUGCAUUGCUUCAGCUGUAACAGGUGGCUUUCUGAAGACGAAAAUGAUGGCCUCACCAUAGUGCAGCUUUAUCCACAGCUGCUUGAUUUUUGA